UUUACUUCACAGUUCAUAACACCGAAACUAAAACCACUGAAAACCCAGCGAAUCAAAGCAAAAUUAGAAGAAGAAAAUGGUGGCUUUAAUACAAAGGCGUCUGUUUUGCACCAAAAUAUCCCAAAACAACCGUCAGCAUCGGCUACAAUGGAGCGUAAAGCAGGUGACGAAAUCCAAUUUCAACGACUCACUCCAGGAGUUCAAGUCCCACCUUUCUUCUUCCGAUUUCGUCGCGGUUUCCCUCCAGAACACCGGCUCUUUCUCCGCCGCUUGGCACCGCAUCUCCUCCUUCGACACGCCGGAAACCGCCUAUCUCAAGGCCCGACGCGCCGCCGACCGAUUCCAGCUUCUCCAGUUCGCCGUCUGCCCCUUUAUCAUUUCUGGCUCCAAACUCACUGCCCACCCAUAUAACUUCCAGUUGUUCCCAAGGGAUGAAUUAAACAUUGGGAUGCCAUCUUACAGUUUUUCAUGUCAAACUUCGUAUUUGACAGCUAUGGCUCGGCAAGGUUUUGAUUUCAAUGCCUGUAUAUAUGAUGGUAUAUCAUACUUAUCCAGAGCACAAGAGUUGGUAGCAAAAGUUCGAAUGGGCAAUCCAGUGGCUAUAAAUCAUGUUAUGAAACCUUCUUCUUCACCGCCUACUGUUGCUGACACAGUAUUUGUAGAAAGGGUUAAAUCCCGUGUUAAGCAUUGGAAAAAAGCAUGCACAGACUCGCCAAGCAGAAAGACAGAUGAGGCUCUUAUAAAAUCACUGAGAAAACUUGUCUUACGGGGUGAGCAGUAUGGAUCUAGACCAUGCAUGACAAUAGACGUUUGCAGUGAACGUCAAGUUCAACUUGUGUUAGAGAUGUUGGGAGAGUUCUCUGAUGACCUUGUUGCUUUGAAAAUCCCAACAAAGGGUGGUGGAACCCAGGCAGUUCGUGUUGUUUUAACAACUUCAAAAGAAGACAAAAGUCUUUUUGAGAGGGAGCUUCAGAAGGUAGAAGAGGAACAAAACAAGAAGCUAAGAGGCUUUCGAGAGGUGAUCGAUUUGAUAUCUGCUUCACAGAAACCUGUUGUCUCCCACAAUUCCCUUAAUGAUUUUUCAGUUAUUCAUUCAAAAUUCAUAGCUCCACUUCCCCUCAAUUUGGAUGAGUUCCUUCGCUCGUUGCAUUCGGUUUUUCCCCAUAUAUUUGAUGUUAACCAUCUGAUGAAGGAAGUUGGACCUCCAGAAAAAGUGACCAACAUACCUGCCGCCAUUUCUUACCUCAAGAAUCGGUUCUUUGCACCCAUUGACAUAGAAAUUUCCUAUGGAGCUUCGCUAGAUGAAGGCAAGAUUCAUGGGCAAAAUGUUGUGAGAAUAUGUCAUUUGUUUGCAAAAUUAUGCUCUGUCCUGAAAAUCAUUCCUGGUGCUAUCCAGUCGAGCGAUGAAAAUGCUACUUCUCUCCUUGAUGGAUAUGCAAAUGUCUUCAAAUCAUGUUGCGGAAGUUCCCAAGAAUCAGUUGAUGGGGGUAUCAGAAUUUGGACAAAGAGCCCAAGAAAAGUAGGCUGUGAGGAUUUAGUUUUCUUGUGGGGAUUUAGGGAUAGGUUGUCUGCCGGAAUGCUUAAGAGUCUGCUUCAAGGGUCGCAUGAUCUUUUCUCUGAAGAAUUUGAUGUCUGUUUAAUUGAUAAGAGCUGUGCCAUUGUGGUUUUCUUGCGACCCAAUUUAUCACAAGCUUUAAUGGAUUUAAUGUGUAGUGAAGGAAUCACUGGAUCAUUGAGGGAAUUGGUCUCAGAAGGCUUAAGGGCAGCAGGUUAUGAGACUUACAAGAGGGCCUGUAGUUUGGGUUUAUGGGAGACAGAUUUAGCAUGUUCCUUAGACAAAGCCUCUGCAACUCCUGAUUGCUUUUCGCAAGCUGGUUCUGAAACAAAAUCAUCAGAGAUUUCCUGGUGCAAUGACUUGAUGAUUAACUUGGACGACCUAUGACGUAGAAAAGUUUCUGCUUCUCAGGAGAAAUAUCUAUAUUUGCAUCAAGUUGUAGUCGGAGUUGAUACUAAUUCGAGACUAAUUUGAUACCAGCCUUUGAAGUCUGGAUCAUUGAUUGCAUGCCUGAUGCCGAGUACAUUUUAGGAACACAGAAAUUUUGUUUAUAGAUCAAUUGCCUGGAUUGCAGCUGUGUAUUUGAAAACUUAGGUAGAGCAUAUCAAGCCAGAUUGACCAAUAUUUGGUCUCAUUGGCUAUUGUUUUCCUUGUGCUGCUGCUGAUAUUAUGCUAACAUUUUACACCUUGAUUUUGAGUAUUUAUCAUCUGUCAUGUGCUGAAACCUUAUUGCUUAUCAUAUUUAGAUUUGUUGCAUGAUUUCAGUUUUAGGUUUUGUUUUGUAGAGAGGACAGAAAGGAGGAAGCAAAAACUUUUUUGAUUAAAGGUACAA